UUCUUCUACUUCCGGUUAAAGUUGGAACAGAAACUGAGAAAGAUCAUUUGUACAGUUUUAAGUGCAUCAAGAAAAUGCCUGAACGUGGUGAAACCGAGGUGUUCUCAAAUCCGCUGCCUCCACAGAAUUUUGAGGAUUUUGGAGAAGAUGAUGAAGGGCAACAUCUUACCAAUGAGGAUUUCCGUAAGAUGCUUAUGACCCCCCGGGUCUCUUCUUCGGGUUCAGCGUCCUCCUCUACAGUUCAUCACGGAACAAAGCCAGCAGUGACACAACACAAGAAACCUGUAGUGCCAUUACCAGAAGAAGAUGAAGAUGAUCCGGCAACAAGAAGGAGAAAAAAGAAAAUUUACUAUGCCAAGCUUAAGCGACUUGAAGAAGAGAGACAGAAGGAACUGGAGUCAAAAUACAGAGACAGGGCCAGGGAGAGGCGAGAUGGUGUCAAUAAGGAUUAUGCAGAGACAGAGAUUAUCAGCACCACUGCAGAUUAUCGAGCUGUGGCUCCAGAUGUAAAGGCGGGAGACAACUACGCCGAAAAACGUAAGCAGCUGAUCCAGGAGUCCAAGUACCUGGGAGGUGACAUGGAGCAUACUCACUUGGUAAAAGGUCUGGACUUCGCCCUGUUGGAGAAGGUGAGAGCAGAAAUCAGCUACAAGGAGCGCGAGGAAGAGGAGAUAAUGGAGGAGGUGGUCACCCAGAAGAAAGAAGAUAAAGAAGUGGACCAAGAGGAGCAAAUGCAUUUUAAAACCAGAAUGGGCAGGAGCAUCUUCAGGACAUUAUUUAAAAGUAAAUUUCCGGAGAGGAACGAGCUGUUUCUGCCGGGACGGAUGGCGUAUGUGGUGGAUCUGGAAGAUGACUAUGCAGAGAACGAUGUACCAUGUACCACCAUCCGCAGCAAAGCCGACUGUCCCAGUCUGGAGGCCACGACAACUCUCACCACCAAUGACAUCGUCAUCAACAAGUUGACCCAGAUUCUGUCCUAUUUAAGACAAGGGCGCAGAGAAAGCAAGAAACUCAAGAAGAAAGAGAAAGGAAAAAAUAAAGAUGAUGACAAACCUAAAGAAAAACUACCUGGAGCUGAUGACAAUAUCUACACUGAUGUUGGAGAUUACAUGCCCUCCUACUCAAAAUCCAAGGACAAGAAAGACAAGAAGGACCGUGGUCGAGAUAGAGACCGAGAUGAUCACCGAGAUAGAGGGAAGGACCGAGAUAGGGACAGAGACAGGGACUACCGAGACAGAGAUAGGGACAGGAGAGAUCGGGGUAGAGAUAGAGACCGUCACGGUGAUAGAGAUAGGGACAGGGAGAGAGACGGCCAUCGGGACAGGAGGGAUGACAGGAAGAGGAAGUCCUACUUUGAGAAGCCUGUAGAGGAGGAUGAUGACAGGACGAAAGGACCAGGGUCAGCUGGUGACCUUGUCAAGACAAUCAACGACCGCUUCAAGAGUUAUGCUGAUGUGGAAAAAGAGAAAGAAAAGGAGAAGGUUGAUAAGCACAAGAAGUGGAUGGAGAAGCUCCAACAGAAGACACUCAUUGACAGUUACGCCGAGUGUUAUCCGGGUAUGGAGGAAGCUGAUGAUGCUUUGGGCGACUCUGAUGAUGAGGCAGACUUCAGCAAAAUGGACCAGGGCAAUAAGAAAGGCCCUAUAGGGCGAUGGGACUUUGACACCCAGGAGGAAUACAGCGACUACAUGGCCAACAAGGAGGCCCUGCCUAAGGCUGCCUUCCAGUAUGGAGUCAAAAUGGCUGAUGGACGCAAGACCCGUCGUGCCGGGCCAAAGGACGAGAAGGCCGAAUUAGACCGACAGUGGCAGAAAAUUCAAAACAUUCUGAAAACCAAGACUGGGGAGCCCAACGAGAAGAAAAUGAAGCAUUGAUUGAAAAACAACAUUAUGUUAAAAAAAUGUUAUUCUAGUGACUAAAUUCUCUGAAUUUGUUUUCUGAUAAAUUGGACUGUGGACUAAAAUCAUUGUAGUGUGAUACUUCGAUCUUUAUGUAAUUCAAGUUUUCCAGUGUUUUUUGGGUUUUUUUAACCACCAAUUCAAUAUUAAAUGUACAGUGUAUGUUUAUUUGGAGACUAAAUUUAAUGAGUCUGGUGAUAUAAAUUGUAAUAUAGUGUGGGGGAAUGAUGAAUCAGCUGUACUUUGAAGUAGAGGAGCUUUUUGUUUAAUUUCUUUUGAUUUGGUUAUGUGUAUAAUCUGGUUUACCAGAACAAGUGCAUGUAAAUUCAUUUCAUAGACUGUAGUCAUUAUCAAGUUUUGUAUAUAAGUAGAAAUGUGCGAAAUGCACAAAAUAAAUUGUUUAUAAAAAAUUUUGUUUUGCAAGAGAAUUUUUAAAAAUGAUAUCAUAAUGCAAUGAUUUGAAUUUUAGACAAGGUUUAUGAUAUGCAUCUUUGCUAUCCAAGGGUUUUUGGUCCACGCCGGGGAGCGAAGUGGACCGAAAACCCUUGGCUAGCGAAGAUGAUGAUACAUGUAUGUAGCUGUAAGUGUUCAUCAGAUAUCAUUACCAAAAUAUAUGGGACGUACAUGUAAUUUCACAUACGGGCAUAUAAUAAAUGAACUUACUUAGA